UCCACGAAAGGAAUAAUAACCUUAAUUACUUCUUCCCCAAUCCUUGCAAACUUGCAAUCCAAUCCAAACACUUUCUUCUUCCGUUGAUCCAAUUCUGUCUUCCCUCUCCAAACACCUGCACCAGCACGCAGACCCAAAAGACCAAAAUACCCCUCUAGAGUUCCGUUAGUUACAGAGUCGUUACACACAGCUCUCUCUCUCUCUCCCUCUCUCUCUCUCUCUCUCUCUGCUCUCCUCUACUAGGACUGCUGCGUGCUUCGGAUUGGUGUCUGGAAAUCGGAGAAACCGAUGAAAUUGGCGUCUGGGUUCCGACGGGAGGUUGAAUUCGGGAACUGGGUUUGAAGACUUUGAAGCAUUCGUUGGAGGAAGAUUUUGGACUCCGGCGCCAGAUGGGUUUUUUCUUCUGAAAUUCUUGUUUUUUGUAUUGGAAUUCGAGAUGGUUUUGCUGGAAUUUGGAUUUCUGAUAAGGGUUCUUUGGAUUAUCAAGAUUUAUUGGUUCUUUGAUGAGCAUGUGGUGGACUUCUGUAAUUUUAGGUGAUAUUGGUGAUUGGAUUACUAGAUUAUUGCAUUCAAUUUUCAUAGGUUGUGAUAGAUACAGAAACACAUUGCUGCUCUAAAUUUGAUUAGAGGUUUAGGAGCAGCAGAAAGAGUAGACAGUUUACUACAUUCCUUGUAGAAUUGAAUUUUACCGGUGGGGGUUUAGUUAGUGAUUGAUUAGUGUGGUUUGGUCAGAUUCUGCGGCUUGAGAUUCUUAUAGUUUGUGUAGUUCAUAUUGUUUGUAUCGAUGUCGGGUGGUACGCCAACUGGCGCCAGAUACAUGAGGCAGAGACAUAGCCAGGGCUAUGCAUCUAGCGGCGAUGAUCUUGAGGAUGAUGCAUGCUCGGUUAUGCGCACUUCAUCCCCACAAAGUCCGAAAGUUUGGUCACGGAUUGAGAUUUUUGAGAAUGUCCUUUGGCUUGCCUCAGCAGCAUUCAUUGUGUACUAUGGUGACAGGAAAUCCAACUUGAUAUAUCUCUUCUGCCAUGAUGAGAGAAUUAGAAGAUUGCCUUUAUACCUUGGGAUGGCGGGCAUAGUUUUAAACAUUAUCAUCUUCUUUUAUACGAGUAUGUCGGCAUGGAGCGUGAGGAGAUUUGACGAGAAAUGGGAAUUAGCAAGUAUAUCUGCUUUGCCGUUUGUGACACUACUUGGCGGCAUCUCCUUUUGCUUCUUCUGCUUCGCUUUGUGGCCAAUAUGGAGUUUCUUGACGCUUCCUCUUCUGUUCACGCUGUUUAUGGCAGGCAUGGUUAUAUGCCCAUACAUUAUAAUUGGGAUAUUUAGGCAACAGCAUGACGUGCUGCGUACAGAUUAUGCCUCGGAGUUAGGUGAAAAACAAUACUGAUCUAGAUCAAGAGCUUCUAACUCAAACCAGGGAUGGUUAGUCGCGUCAGAAGAAGAUUGAAGUUUUAUCAGAUGCUCUCCUUGCCAUAUUUUGCGAGAUUGGCCGUUCUGUCAUUGUCUUCCAAAUCAGUCGGCUUCUACUUUUACCUGAACCUUAUUCGGUCGAUAAGACUGAUGGUACAUCCAUAGAGUUCUGUAUUAACGUGAAGUGGAUUGGUUGGGAUGUAGUUUUUGUGAUCUGAUACCGGUUAGCGAUUAACCAUAUAAACACAUUGAAUCUUUCGAAUAGAAAUGAUGCUCUUUGUUGCUGGUAUGAGCCAUCUUCGCUGGGGGAGGAGGUUGUGAAAUCACCUCUUAUGUCCUUUUUUAUUUAUCUUUCCUCAUUGUAAAUGAGCAAUGUUUGCACCAUAAAUUCUGUAGCUUUGAGAGAAACUUCACUAUUCGAUUUUGUAUA